UUGAGUCAUAGCAUUGUUGUCAGAUUGAAACAGAACAGGUGUAAUUUUCUUAUUAUCAUAGUAUUGUUUUAGUUAUUUCGAAGUUCAGCAGAAUUUUAAAUACUCUAGUCUCUUGCUUUCGCUGAAAUAAUUAUAAUAUCCAACUAAUCUCAUCGCAAAAUGAUGGAAUUUUAAUAGAGAUUAUUGUAAUUUCUUUCUUCGCAAGAAAUACCAUACAAGUUGACAACAGCCGUUGUGGAUAAAGGCUUGUCAAACGGUUAUUGUAAAUUGUAGGUGUGUUCUCGUUGGUACCUCUAAAUUUGUUGUGAUUCAUCCCCAUUUUCUAUUUUUUACUUCCUCAUUUCAAGGGAUGCAAUAUUAAUAGUUACAUUAUAUUAUGACUUAAGCAAUACUAAUUUACUUAAACAGAACCAAGAAUUUCAGAUGUAAACAAGAACAAGUGUUCUUAUUCAAAAUGUGGAAAAGUGUAGUUAUACCAACAAUUUUAACCAUAAGUGUAUUUAUUCUUGGAGUCAUAGGUCAAUAUGAAUGGCAGGCAAGAGACUCCUUCGAUGAAAUCACAAGACAAAUGGAAAAAGUCAAUAAAUACAACUGCGAAAUUAGACACACAGGAGAGUUGUACUUAUCAAAUGAAACUGUCUCACAUUUACCUGAUAUUAAAGAUGUCAAUAUCAAUCCAGUAUUUCCAAACAGAACCCAACUACUGCAUUUACAUAAUAUGGCAUUAAGUCGAGCAUUUUUUUGGAGUUACAUACUCCAAAGCAGAUUCAUUCGACCAGCUAUUAAUGACACUUAUGAUCCAGGGAUGAUGUAUUAUUUCUUAUCCACUGUAGCAGAUGUAUCCACAAAUAUGCAUGUUAAUGCUUCUGCAAUCUACUUUGCACCAAAUAGCUCUUAUUCUCCAUCUUAUCGUGGAUUCUUCAACAAAACAUUUCCACGGUUUGCUCCGAGGACGUAUAGAUUAGAUGAUUUCAAUGACCCUAUACACCUUGAAAGAAUAUCUACUCUGAAUACUUUCACAGUACAUGAUUUAGGAGCUGUUCCCUUGGAUACUAGUAAGGAUUAUGCAUCUGAUUAUUACAGAAUAAAUGAAUGGUAUAAGAAGUGGUUGCCAGAUAAUGUUGAUAGGAGGCAUGAUACUAAAACCACAUAUCAGGUUGAGAUAAGAUAUGCAAACAAUACAAAUGAAACUUUUACAUUCCAUGGACCUCCUGCUUCGGACGAAGUACCGGGUCCUAUAAAAUGGACCCGACCUUAUUUUGAUUGUGGUCGAUCAAAUAGGUGGUUGGUAGCCGCUGUUGUUCCAAUUGCAGAUAUUUAUCCAAGGCAUACCAGUUUUAGACAUAUUGAAUAUCCAACCUAUACGGCAGCUUCUGUUGUUGAAAUGGACUUUGAAAGGAUAGAUAUAAACCAGUGUCCAAAAAGUAUGGGUAAUAGUGGGGAUAAUAUCUUUGCAGACACUGCAAGAUGCAAGAAAGAGACCACAGAGUGUGAGCCCAUUCAUGGAUGGGGAUUUAGAAGAGGUGGUUAUCAAUGUCGUUGUAAACCAGGUUACCGUUUGCCGUUUAUUAUGAGGACGCCAUACUUGGGAGAAAUAAUUGAAAGGUCUACUGAAGAGCAAUACUAUAAUGGUUUUGAUUGUAUGAAAAUUGGAUGGGUGCAAAAAAUGCCAGUUCAGUGGGAGAAGGCCCCUCCUUAUAUAAGAAACCACUAUCUAGACCAACAUAGGGAAUAUCUGAACUCAUCAAAGGGUCCUGACAGUCUAAGACAAGCCCGCGUGAACAUCCACAGAGUGCUGGACUUCAUUCACGGCAUGAACAAAGAGAAAUGCAAGAAAUACAAACCGGAAGACCUCAUUCUGCAUGCUGGAGUCAUGGUUGGGGCCGAAGAGUACUUCCAGAACGAGGCAAAGAUGGCUUUGCGGUUGGCAAACUUCAUCAGUGCCUUCUUGCAAGUUUCCGAUCCCCACGAGGUGUUUUCUGGUAAGAGGGUUGCGGACAAGCCACUGACCGAGGACCAGAUGAUUGGGGAGACCCUGGCCAUCGUGAUGGGCGACAGUAGAAUCUGGUCGGCUGGUACCUACUGGAAUAGGAAUAAAUUCACCAACAGGACACUGUUUGCCCCUUAUGCUUACAAAACCGAGUUGAAUACCAGGAACUUCAAGGUGGAGGAUCUGGCAAGGUUGAAUAAAUCAGAUGAAGUGUAUCUCAACAAGCCCUGGUUCAGGUUCUUGAAACAAAGAUGGGCUACAAAUUUCGAUAACUUGGAAAAGUUCAAUUUGAAGAUACGUAUACGUUUCAACGAGACUGGCGAAUCUACUGUUAAAUAUGAACAUUACCCGUAUUCUUAUCAGGGUGCAAAACUGACCGAUGGACUUUGGACCGCCCCCUUUUACGAUUGUUAUGGAAAAGUGCCAAUGUGGAAGAUCAAGUAUGUAGCACCGUUCUUCGGUUGGAACAGUCUGAAGGCUGGACUGGAAUUCAAGGGGGCUGUAGCUGUCACAAUGGAUAUGAUGAAGUUGGAUAUAAAUCAGUGUACUGAUAAGUAUUGGGUUCCUAAUGUUUUCAAGGAUACUAACAAAUGCGAUCAAAAGUCUUCUUACUGCGUACCCAUCCUCGGCAGAGGUUUUGAAGCAGGAGGCUACAAAUGUGAAUGCAAACAAGGUUACGAGUAUCCAUUUGAAGACCUCAUCACGUAUUACGAUGGCCAAUUGGUAGAAGCCGAGUUCAGUAAUCUUGUAGACAACAACGAGACCAGAUUUGACAUGUUCAAAUGUCGUUUGGCAGGUGCGAGCGGGUUAGAGUCGAAUCUCAUUAUGGUUUUGUUAUUGGUUGCCAUUAUUAUGUGCGUUAGAAGGUUUUAACUGACCGGAAGAUGGAAAAGUUUUUCACGAUUGAUUGUGUUCGCUGCAUUUUAAACUCUAGUUGUCCAUCGAGUACAAAUAGUUCGAAUUUUGAAUUUAUGCUACGUUGAACCAAAGGACCUUAAACUCUGGGUUGACAAGAAAAAACUAGCAUUCACCUAAUGCCUUCUGUGAAACUCUCAUAUCAGGAUUCUAGAAAACUUAUUUUAUAAGCAAUAAAUUAGUUUUGGAUGCAAUAUUUGUACCUAAACGUGGUACUUACUCUCUAAUUCUCCGUCCAUUAUAAAAGAGAAAUUCUUUUAAUAUUUACCGUACUGAAUUUUAAUUAUAGUUAUAUUUGAUAAUUUUUUAAAUAUUGUUUCGUUGAGACAUUGGUUGACGUUUAGAAAACUGAUCAUGUCAGUUGUAGAUAUGAUUCGUACCUUAUUAUUGCAUUUUUAUCACUUAAAAAAAAGAUUGUACAUUUUUUUAUCAUUAUUAUAUAAUAAUAAGAGGGAUGAUCUUGACUACCAAUGAAGCUGCUUCUUAAGAAUUACUUUUUAAACAUGAUUACAUACUCAUUCUGUGUGAGAUUAAAAAUGAUAAGUUUUCCAAGUUAGAUAUUAAAAUCGAAUAUCUAUAUUUCCGUCCUUUUUAAUUGAUUUUAUAGUUAUUUUUUGAGCUACUUUAUGGGUUGUAUUUUUAUAAAUGAUUAUUAAUGUUCAGCAUAAUAUUAUUAUAAUGAACAAUUAAUCAGCAGAAAAUAUUUUAUAAGAAAUAAUUGUUGUCUUUGUCAUUCUUGAUGUAAAUUGUACUGAGUUUAUAGGAAUUUAUUAAAUCAUUCAACUUUU